AAAUAAUUUGAGUGCGGACAGGGAUCUGUUUGCUUUAUCGUCGGUCAAACAUCGUAAACCGUAAAGAGACAAUAUAAAUGGGACGGAGGUAGUACGUAAUAUAAAGUCUCAAAACUUGGAAUUAAAAUACUCUCUAUAAUACUGUCAAAUUCUGGUAUGUAAAAUUAGAGUUUAAAACCGAAUUGUAUUAAUUAGUGAAUAAAUCCAUAGUAUUCGAACAUUCAGACCUUAUAUCAUACUAUCGUACUACGUAUAUACUUUAUUUUUCAAAAUCUUAUUAAUAAGAACCUAUCUCUUAGAGAAUAAGUAUGAAUUAGUCAAGUUUGGAACUUGGAAGAAUGACUAUAGAUGAACUAAUGAACGCACGUUAACAAGGAUAACACCGGAGAGGUAGGAAGCUAAGUUUCUUCUCCAACAAGUUUCAUUUAAAAUUAAGAAUUUGUAUAGAAUAGAGGGUGAUGCGAUUCUGCACCUCCGCGAAUUCUACACGUAUCCUCACACGUCAACCCCAUUCACACCUUAACCGACUUCCUAAUUCUCCUGCUUUCAUUCAUUUCUUCCCCAUAAAAAACACCCUCAGUUAUUCUGCAAUUCUCAUCCAAAACAGAAGAAUCAAUCACAGAGCAAUCAAUCAUGUCCGGAUCCUUGUACCCAAAAAUCUCCGGCCAAUCAAACCCAGAACCCAAUUCUGGGUUUGAAUCCUCUGAAGAAGUGAUCAUCAGAAUCCCAGGCUCCAUGGUUCAUUUGAUCGACAAAGACCGGAGCAUCGAACUGGCCACCGGAGAGCUCACCGUCGUUCAGCUCAAACAGGGGAAUAACGUUGUCGCCGUCCUCGCUCGUGUCGGCCAAGACAUCCAGUGGCCGCUGGCCAAAGACGAGGCCACGGUCAAGCUCGACGACUCCCACUACUUCUUCACUCUCAGAACUCCGGCGGGCGCGCUAUCGGACCAUUCGGACGACGACGAGGGUGAGAUCAGGGUCGAAUCUUCAGAGAUUAUGCUGAAUUACGGGCUGACCAUCGCGGGUAAGGGGCAGGAAGGGAAGCUGAGAGAGCUGGACGGGGUACUGGAGAAGUUCAGCGCGUUCCGGGUGGAGAAGGCGGCGGGGACGGCGGUGAGGGGGUGGGGAGUUGAGGCGAAGGAUGUCUCUCCGGCGGAUAUGGAGAAGAAGGAGAAGAGAGAUGCGGUGGAGAGGAGUUCCGCGGCGUACUGGACCACCCUGGCUCCGAACGUAGAGGAUUACAGCGGAAGCGUGGCGAAAAUGAUUGCCGCCGGGUCGGGUCAUCUCGUGAGGGGAAUCUUGUGGUGCGGGGAUGUGGCGGUGGAUCGAUUGAACUGGGUACAUGAAGUUUUGAUGGAGAGGAUGGCCGCAAAGGGCUGCGCCCCCGCGGAGAUCAGCCCAACCGCCUUAAAAAGGGUGAAAAGAGUGAAGAAGAUGACGAAGAUGUCGGAGAAGGUGGCAACAGGCAUUCUGGCUGGGGUGGUAAAGAUGUCUGGAGUGCUCACAAAUUCCAUUGCGAGCUCUAAAGCUGGCCAGAAAUUCUUCAGCCUUCUCCCCGUGGAAAUCGUUCUUGCCUCCUUGGAUGGAUUCAACAAGGUAUGUGAUGCGAUUGAAGCGGCUGGCAGGAAUGUGAUGUCCACAACCUCCACUGUCACAACUGGUCUUGUUUCGCAUAGGCAGGCACGGGGAGCAAGCAGCAGAGGUGACUAAAGAAGGGUUCGAUGCGGCUGGGCAUGCUUUCGGAACUGCUUGUGCCGUCUUUAAGAUCAGAAAGGCUCUUAAUCCCAAGUCCUCCCUAAAACCUUCAUCUUUUGUGAAAGCCGCCGCGGCUGAGGCCAAGUCCAAGUCCAAGCCGAAGUAAUUUGCUAGAUUGGGUUGUGUUGUUUCUUACUACUUUCUUUAAUUAAUUUUACGUCUAGAUCAAUUAUGGCAUGGAUUUUAGGUACUAUUUUUAUGAGUAGUAUUCUCUGAUCUAUUUCUGAUAUGUAAUAAUCUUCGAUCUCCAUCCAAGAGCAAUACAAGAAGAAUUUCACGUGGCAAAUCAAUGUGACGGAGUGGUAGUGAUAAUUUGGAGAGGUGAGAGAUCGAUGGGUGUAAGUUGGUGACUUGGUGCAUGUAUGUCUAUGGGCUAUGGCAAAUUAAAGUUCACAAAUGGGUGAAGAAUAUAAUGGAAAGAUCCAUGAAUAUUGUGUCAAAAGUGACUUAAAACAAUGCCUA